AUGAGAUGGAUACCUCACGACUCGAUGAAGGCAAAGGAGGUAGCUGACACCCUUCGUUCAUGCGGCAAACUGGUUGACAAGGAGGAGCCUCACAUGUGCUUCUCAUCUCGGGAAGCAAUGUCAAGGUUCGCCACCAGAGAAUUAGGCGUCAGCGGUGCACGAGCAGCCAUUACAAGGAUUCAUGGAAAUGAGACCCCCAACUCCAUGUACAUUGUGGAACAGGUCACCCAACUCAACAAUAACGUGGUGCCAUGCCAUCCUAUGGAUUUUCCAUAUGAGGUCUUUUAUUGCCAUCGGCCGAAAGAGGUGCAGUCUUUGAGGGUGCAACUCAAGGGUUUGAAAGAUGGCAUGCCGCGUGUGACGGCAAUAGCCAUGUGUCACAUGAACACAUCUAAUUGGGACACCCAGUACUUUGAGCUAUUAGAUGGAAAGUGUGGUGAACUUAUUUGCCACUACAUGCCUACCAAUUACAUCAUGUUCUAUUAG